AUGGCGGUGGCAUUGGAUGCAGUGUGUGUGCGGGUGAAGGGGGUCUGCAAGCAGAACGGUCUGCUCAUCCUCUCUGUGCUGGCCGUCGUCAUCGGCUGCCUGCUAGGAUUCUUCCUGCGCACCAAGCAGCUCUCUGAGCAGGAAGUGAAGUAUUUCCAGUUUCCAGGUGAGCUCCUCAUGAGGAUGCUGAAGAUGUUGAUUCUGCCGCUGGUUGUUUCCAGUCUCAUGUCAGGUCUGGCGGCUCUGGAGCCGAAGUGCUCCAGCAGGUUAGGUCUCAUCACCAUCUCUUACUACCUCUGGACCACGUUUCUGGCGGUGGUGGUCGGCAUCGUCAUGGUUCUGAUCAUCCACCCAGGGGGCGUGGCGCAGAAAGAGGACUCAGAGGACAGCAGCAAACCCAUCAUGAGCUCGGCCGACGCCCUGCUUGACCUCAUACGGAACAUGUUUCCUGCCAAUCUGGUUCAAGCUACAUUUCAGCAGUACCGCACUAACAGCGUCCCCGUCAGGAAGACUCUGAAGACAGCAGAGAGCUCGAGUGUGACACGCCGCACGCUCAUCUAUAAUCUCCAAGACGACGGUGACAACAGCGAAAAUGGCAGCGACAUCCGCAACUUCCAGCUGGACCUGACGCCUCCGCCGGAUGUUGUGAUGCGCACACAGCCUGGAACCAGCGACGGCAUGAACGUGCUGGGCAUCGUCAUCUUCUCAGCUACUAUGGGCAUCAUGUUGGGCAGGAUGGGACCUAACGGCAGUGCACUCGUUAACUUCUGCCAAAGUCUUAACGAGGCUGUGCUCAAAAUCGUAGCCAUUGUUAUCUGGUACUUUCCGUUCGGGAUCGUCUUUCUGGUGGCCGGAAAAAUUCUAGAGAUGAGUGAUCCAUCAGAUAUGGGAAAGAAGCUGGGAUUCUACGCCAUUACCGUGGUGAUGGGUCUGAUCCUGCACGGGCUCUUCAUCCUGCCCAGCAUGUACUUCUUCAUCACUAAGAAAAGCCCCAUUGUUUACAUCCGGGGAAUCCUGCAGGCUCUGCUCAUCUCACUGGCCACUUCAUCCAGCUCUGCCACACUGCCCAUCACUUUUAAGUGCCUCCUGGAGAAUAACCACAUCGACAGACGCAUCAUUCGCUUCGUGUUGCCUGUAGGUGCCACUAUAAACAUGGACGGCACGGCGCUCUACGAGGCUGUAGCAGCUAUCUUCAUCGCUCAGGUCAACAACUAUGAGCUGGACUUUGGCCAGAUCAUCACCAUAAGCAUCACAGCCACAGCAGCGAGUAUAGGAGCAGCGGGCAUCCCACAGGCCGGCCUGGUUACCAUGGUAAUCGUGCUGACGUCAGUCGGGCUUCCGACAGAUGACAUCACACUCAUCAUCGCUGUGGACUGGGCUCUAGAUCGGUUUCGUACUAUGGUGAAUGUGAUGGGAGAUGCGCUCGCUACCGGAAUCAUGGCACACAUCUGCAGAAAGGACUUCAUGCAAGAGGGAGAUGGAGUUCCUCUCAUCUGCGAGACAAAACCUGUUCAGACCCAGCAGCAAAUGAACUGCCAGCAGAAAAACGGCAGUUUCCAGCCGCUCCCAGCAGCGAGCAAGCCUGAGCUCGUUUCUCCAGACGUGGCUCGCCUCAUGCAGCUGGAGGAAGGAGUGCGACCCCUGCCACCUGAGAGGAAGAUCCCCCCGGUGCCUCCACGCCACAUGAAACACAAGGACAAGGAGCACUGCUCCAUCGACAUGAACGGCCUCGAGACCAACGUAUAGCAGCUACGACGUACCAUCCGGACGUGAAGGUUCUACACAGAUUAAAGGACUCGCUUCUCGUUGUAGAUCGA